UAUGGGUGAGAUAGUGCCAAAUUAAUUGUUUGUUGCUGGUUAUAGCCGCAAUAAAAUAUCUGAUGAGAAAGGUAUCAAGGACAUAUUCAAAAAAUAUGGCAAUAUUAAGGAUGUUGCCUAUAAGGGAUCUUAUUCUUUUGUUGUAUAAUAUAUUCCUCUAUUUAAAUAGACAUUUUCAUCAGAAUCAGAAGCUGAAGAUGCUCUCAAAGCACUUAAUGGAUAAUCAAUAAAUGGAUAGAAAUUAAAAGUUGAUGUUGUCGAUAAUCGUAAGACACGUAGAAAUGGACCUUAAGAAAAUGAUUAAUGCUUCAAAUGUGGAAAAGGAGGUCAUUGGUAAUGUUAAAUAAUUUAAAGAGUUUAGGGCUAGAGAGUGUCCAAACAGAUCAUCACCAAGAAGAAGAAGAUAUUCUGAUUCAAGAUCACGGUAUUUAAUUGAUUUAUUAUUUGGGCAGACAUAGAAGAUCAAGAAGAUCAAAUUCAAGGUCUCGUUCUUAUUCUUCUUAUUCAUCUUCUCACUCUAGGAGANCCUAUAGGAGGAUGCUCUACUUUAAUAAGUUAAUGAGGAAUCAAUUUUUUUGUUUUACUUCUUUCACUAGACUUAAUUUAUUGUUUAGUAUUAAGCACAAAAAAUUUCUAAAAUUACUAUUGUCUUCUCAUUAAUUAAGGCAAUUUUUUAUUAUUAGUUUUCUUUACUUCUGGUAAAUCAACAGGUACAUUUACAAGGAUACCUCUUUGAAAAUCAUAUUGAGAUGAUA